AUGUCAGACGACCACGACAUCAAGACGACCGAUAAUGAAAAACCAAAUCUUGAUGUUACCGUACUCCAUGAGGAGGUCGUAUCCGAGGAAGAUCAAAAAAUCAAAAAAAGGGCGCUUCGAAAGAUUACUCUCCACGUGCUAUUCCCAAUGAGCGCAUUGUAUUUCAUGAAUUACCUUGAUAGGGGCAUCAUCGGCAACGCCAAAUUGGGCGGCAUCAUUGAAGACCUGCAUAUGACAUCUGAGCAAUACAAUUGGUGCCUCUCCAUUUUUUAUUUUGGAUAUGUAUUUGCAGACAUCCCAUCCAACCUUAUGAUGCGACGAUUCAAUGGUGUAUACUGGAUUUCAUUCCUGGCAUUCAUGUGGGGUUCUCUUACUAUGGUUGUUGCGGCAAUAACCAACUAUGCAGGUCUCAUGGUACUACGACUUCUUCUGGGUACUUUUGAAGCUGGGUUCAUGGCUGGUGCCCUAUACUUUUUUGCAAAAUGGUUUACAAGGCGAGAACUCGGCCAACGUUUAGGCUACUAUUAUUCGUUCUCGGCUUUGGGUGCUGCUGUCGGUGGAUUGAUUGCAUAUGGUAUCAGCACGAUACCAACACACACCUUGAAUACUUGGCAAUGGUUGUUUUUGAUUGAAGGUUGUCCAGCGAUCCUUUUGGCUCUUUUUAUCCUCUGGUUUGUUCCAAACACGCCCGAGUCCGCCAAAUGCCUGACUACAGAUGAGCGCAGAAUGACUAUUAAAUAUCUAUUGGAAGAUCACUCGUUUCAGGAGCAGGAAUCUUUUUCAUGGGGAACAGCCGUCUCUGUGCUAAGAGAGCCAAAGCUAUACCUAUUUACGUUCAUGAUGCUUGUUGGUCUCGUCCCAUCUCACGGUACAAGUUUGGCGCUCCCAUCUUUAGUAGACGGCAUGGGCAACUGGGGCAAAGCUGAAUCACAAGCAUUGACUACUCCGCCUUACAUUAUUCAAUUUAUUACAUCGAUCAUUUCAGGCUGGAUCAGUCAGAGGUGGGUCCAACGUGGUUAUCAGAUGGUCCUCACUGAUCUCUUUGGAGUUGCCGGUUUUCUUAUGUUGGUUUUGGUACCACAUCACCUGAUUGCUGUACGAUACUUUGCGGUAUGCCUAGCUAUGAUAGGAACGUCUGGUAAUACGCCCGUCAAAGCUGCUUGGUAUACUCAUAGCUUUGCAGGUCUCUCUCGUCGUGCCGUUGCGGUUGCGAUAGUUGAAAUGGUUGGAAAUGUGGUAGGAGGUGUAAUAGGAGGGCAGAUCUAUUAUGAUCCACCUAAUUAUACCCAUGGCAACGCUAUUGCUCUCGGCUGUCACUGCUUGCGAAUUAUUGGUGCCAUUGGUAUGCGUCUACUUUUAGCACGUGAAAACAAACGACGAGACAAGAUGACUCCUGAAGAAAAGCAAAGAGAAAUUGAAAAGUAUGGUGGAGAGGCAAUGGCAGGUGAUAGACAUCCAGAUUACCGAUAUGUAUUAUAA